AUGAGGAAAGUGAAGAAAAAGAGUAUACAAGAGAAAGAAUGCAUGUGUAGUCAAGAUGGUUCCUCAGAGGUGCUAAGAGGCAAAAUAGCGGAUUCUAAAGACGAAGUUUCCCAACACUCGAGAAUGGAUAGAAACGAUAAUAAUGUGGGUGUCGGAAAUUCGGGAAAUCCCCCGAAUUCGUCUUCGACGACACACGGUAUUCUACACAACACUUCCGGUGGAACCGAUGCACAGAAUGGAGAUAGAGGAUGGGAGGUUCAUCAUGUUACUGUUACCAGAGUUCCCGGUUACGGAUUUGGUAUUGCCGUUUCUGGAGGCCGGGAUAAUCCCCAUUUCACUAAUGGCGAUCCUGCUAUUGCGAUUUCUGAUGUCCUGAAGGCUGGGCCAGCCGAAGGAAAAUUACAAGUAAAUGAUCGCAUCAUAUCUGCUAAUGGAAUAUCAUUGGAAGGUGCCGAUUAUGGAGCAGCAAUCCGCGUUCUUAGGGAUUCUGGAUCAACAGUUCUAUUAGUUGUUAAGCGAAGAGCUUCAUCAAAUACUUCUGGAAGUGUAGUAAACUCUACUCUUCAGAGUCAUCGGUUAACUCUAACAAGAAACAACAAAAAAGAUGAUUUCGGAAUUGUUCUCGGUUGUCGUCUUUAUGUGAAAGAAGUAACUCGAGAAAACACUGGUGUAAAACCGGGAGAUGUUUUAACACGAAUUGGUAGUGUGGCUACUGAUAAUAUGAGUUUGAAGGAAGCUAAGAAAUUGAUGGAUCAGUGUAAAGAUAGAUUAUCGAUCGUGGUAACUCGAGACAAUUCUUGCUGUCACGUUCAACAGCAGGCAAAAAGUGAAACUGGAGAAUACCUUUCUGGGACGACGAGUUACAGUAGUCAGAACUUAUACGUUCCACCCCCAACUAGACAGCCGAUAGAGGACAAGAGUAAUCUUGUUCCUAGAGGUCGUGCCAGAGGACCGUUGAUGGAUGUAUCUCUUAGUCAGUUAGAUCUUCCUGCAACCCCUACUGUAGAUCCUCCAAGACCGCCACCUCCUAGACCAGAAGAUUAUUAUAGCACAAGAAGACAAUUGUACGAUGAAGAUUUAUCUAGAAAUAAGGUUCCAAUGCCUGAUCCGCGAUUUAUUACUUUUCAAAAAGAAGGAUCAGUGGGUGUUCGCCUGAGUGGCGGAAACGAAACUGGUGUUUUCGUAACAGCUGUUCAAACGGGAAGCCCAGCAUCCCUUCAGGGUUUGCAACCCGGAGAUAAAAUUUUAAAGAUAAAUGAUAUGGACAUGAAAGGGGUAACAAGAGAAGAAGCGGUUCUUUUCUUGCUUAGUCUACAAGAACAAAUUGACUUAAUUGUUCAACAUCGACGGCAGGAAUACGAUCAAGUAGUAGCAUCUGGAAAGGGUGAUUCUUUUCACAUAAAAACUCAUUUCCAUUACGAACAACCGCAAAAAGGAGAAAUGAGCUUCCGCAGCGGGGACGUAUUUCACGUUGUGGAUACACUACACAACGGUGUCGUCGGUUCGUGGCAAGUAUUUCGUAUUGGUAGGAAUAAUCAGGAAGUACAAAAAGGAAUUAUUCCAAAUAAAGCUCGAGCUGAAGAACUAGCGACCGCGCAAUUUAAUGCAACAAAGAAGGAAAUGAGUGCCAGUGAAAGCAGGGGUAGUUUCUUUAGGAGGAGAAGAAGUAGUCAUAGACGUUCCAAAUCUCUUGGCAGAGAUCAUUGGGAUGAUGUAGUAUUUUCAGACAGUGUUAGCAAAUUUCCAGCCUAUGAAAGAGUAAUUUUAAGGCAUCCAGGAUUUGUGAGACCUGUAGUAUUAUUUGGUCCUGUUGCAGAUUUAGCUAGAGAAAAAUUAUUGAAAGACUUUCCUGAUAAAUUCACGUCUCCACAAAUGGAAAAUCAAUUAGAUGAUAAUGUUGGAAAGAAUACGAAGUCAUCGGGUAUCAUUCGACUUAGUGCUAUUAGAGAAGUAAUGGAUCGAGGAAAACAUGCUUUAUUAGAUAUAACUCCAAAUGCAGUAGAUCGAUUGAAUUACGCGCAGUUUUAUCCAAUAGUUAUUUUUUUAAAAGCCGAAACGAAACAGAUUAUCAAGGAGAUGCGAGCCGGAGUUCCUAAAUCAGCGCAUAAAAGCAGCAAAAAACUUCUAGAGCAAUGUCAAAAACUAGAUAAAAUUUGGGGCCAUAUCUUCAGCGCAGUGAUUACGUUAACUACGCCGGAAGCGUGGUAUCGAAAACUGCGAGAACUAAUCGAUCGACAACAACAAGGAUUACUUUGGAUGAGUCAAACUAAGCCGGAAGAAGCACUCUCGGAUGACUUCCUAUUCCCGAUGACUUCUCGCCUCUCCUAUGCUUCCUCCCCGGAGAGUGACUUGGAACUCAGUCCGGCACCAGCUUUACCGGGCGCUUUGGGUGCACCGUCUAGAUUGAAAAGCAGUUCUGAUCCCAGCAUCGCGACACAAGAUGACAUCGCGGCACCACCACCAUAUUCGACCACUUAUCAGCAAUCCUUUGAUCAGCCAAAAAGAAGAUCGCAAGGAGGAAUGGGGGAUGGAAAAUAUGGAUUCUCAUUAUCAGGACAAGUUAGUAAUCAAUCGGGAUCACCGGAAUAUUUAGGUGGUUCAUUCGAGCCACGAUCUUCUCAUCACAGCCCUCCUGAUUUACCUCCACGAGUGGAUCGUAAUGCGAAACCAAGUAGUCAACAACAAAGAAAUACCAUUGGAAGAUCAGCCCAAGAACGAUUGCUCAAUAAAACAGAUUCAGUAUUGGAUGUUGCAAAUUAUAUAAAUGCAACGCCUCAUAAAGCUAAUGCUACAUCAUCGCUUGAAAGAGCCCAACCAAAAGCGGGGAGUUACGAUAGCAUGUCUUCUUAUGAUUCCUAUAAUAAUACAAAUGGAAAUGCCAAUUAUGGAGCACCAGGUUUAAGUACAUCAACUGGUCGAUUGGGUCCCAAUGUUCCAGAUGACUUAAAGAGCAGUGGUGCGCCAACAAGACCACAUGAUCCUUACAGAUUUACUAGAUCGACAGCACAACCAAUUCCAAAUCACGAUUCACAACCACGAACCGAUUACGCUAAAUAUAGCCGCACAACUGAUUACAAAUCGAUAACGUUACCGCAAAAUAAACCUGGAGGAUCAUACAAACCAAUACCACCUCCAAAACCAAAAAACUAUAGGCCACCACAAGCAAAUUUGUCCCAGCCAGAAAAUAAUGGAAAUGAAACAAAUAAUACUCAUCAACAUUCAAAAAGUUAUUCCAUUGCUACUUCUCAUGUAGAAAAUACCAACAAUGUUCAACGAAAUAGUGGACAAUAUUAUUAUAACAUACCACCACCAAAUCGUCAUGAUUCAAAUCUCGGGAAUUCCCACCAUAACUUAAAUCACCUUUCUACGUCUGCGCACAAUCAUAGUUUGAGUCAUACGCAUGCGCACUGUAGUCCGCCAAUGUCAACCCACAGUCAUAGUAAUAGUGCCAGUCAGUUAAGUCUCGGUCUUUCACAUAAUAGAAACAGUGUUAAUCAUAAUGGAUAUGUGGUGAAUAACGGUCACAAUGCACCUGGACAAAGUUUCCCAACGAGUCCAGGGCAUAAUCGAGAACCGAGUGGACUAGAUCUCGCUGGAAGCAGAGAACAAAGAGGAAGUGCUUUUGAACUUUAUCGCAAACCUGUACAUCAUUACAACGCAAGCUACCAUGUUCCCGUCGAUGAACAUGACCUGGACAUAUCAUUGAUUUCUUACGAAAGCCAGAGCUUCCAACAAACGUCGUAA